ACGCAUCAGUGAGCCCCUAAUGUGUCUUCAAUGUUACCUGAUGCAUAUUGGCCUUAGAAGUACCCCACGAUGGGUUCAGGAGAAAUACGGAGGUACGAAUGAAAUCGUCACUGAACUUCAUCGCAGGCUCGAGAAAUGGACCGCCAGAAGCAAUAGCCUAAAGGAUCAGCGUCGACUAUUUGACCAAAUUUCAACCAUAAUCGAGCAGUUGCAAUUCAAAGGCCAGGAUCUGAACAAUCCGUGGCUUAUGAACAAAACUCUAUCGAAAUUCUCCGAGAACAUCCAGAGGAGCUUACUGAAAGAAAAGGUUUCGGUAGGACAAGACAUUUGGACUCUUCAAAGGCAGAUGGAGUGCCUCGAUGUCAUCAUCAAGCAAGAGGAAUA